GAGGAGCCUGCGGAAGGUGGCGGCGGCGGCGGCGCACCUGUGAGCGGAGGCCGAGGCGGGGCAUGGCGGCGCCCACGGCCCUGUGAGAGCGUAGCGGCCGCGGGGCCCGCCAUGCGCCGGCGGCCCUGACAUGGGCGCCAGCGGCUCCAAAGCUCGGGGCCUGUGGCCCUUCGCUUCGGCGGCAGGGGGCGGCGGCCCGGAGGCAGCGGUCACUGAGCAGGCUUUGGUGCGGCCGCGAAGCCGAGUCGUGCCCCCGUUCGUAUUCACGCGCCGCGGCUCCAUGUUCUAUGAUGAGGAUGGAGAUUUGGCUCACGAGUUCUAUGAGGAGACAAUCGUCACCAAGAAUGGGCAGAAGCGGGCCAAGCUAAGGCGGGUGCAUAAGAACUUGAUUCCUCAGGGCAUCGUGAAGUUGGAUACACCCCGCAUCCACGUGGAUUUUCCUGUGAUCCUCUAUGAAGUGUGAGCCUGGGGGGAUGGCAGGAAUAAGCUUCCCCUGUCCCAACAAGAAACCCCCAGGCUCAAAUGUGGCUUCCAUUAAGAAACCUAGGCUGGGGCUACAACCCUGAAUAAACUCCACUGGCCUGGAACCUUCAGCUAUGAGCGGGAUGGUCCUGCAAUGUUGGUUGGGUGUUGGCUUCCGUGCGGGAAAGAGGUAGCUGGCAUGGGCUACUGGUGGAAUUACCAGCUCACCUUCCCCAGCAAUCCCUGCAAGGAGCAUGGUAGGGCUGAUGAGAAAUACCUGGUUUCUGGGCCCUUGCCUAGCCUGCUUUCUUCCAAAUUUGCCUAGGGUCUAGCCCUGCUAAGGGCUACAGCACUUUACAAGCAAGGUCUGCCUUCUUCCAGCCCCAGGGCUGUGGGAGCUGUAUGCAAGUGGGAACUUCCUUUCCCUUGCUUUCCUUACCCCUUUGUCAGAGCGUUUCAGCCGUUUGCUACCUCGAUUCCUCCUGUGAUGGACAGAUGCUGGAGGCAGUGCAAGCCUGAUUUUGCCUGUCUGCCUGCCUGUUCCCACCUCCAGAUGGACGGACAGUUUACUGGCUGUAAAAGGAGUAGACACUGUUGUGGAAGAGACUUUUCCUCCCACCCAGGGCAGGGCUGUGGAUGCCCAUACCUAUGGACCGCUGCCCCAGCCCAUCUACUCUGACCCACUUUGCGUCAGGUCUUCACCCCCCCUCCCCCCAAACACCCUACCCCUGUUGGCAGGAGACCAUCUACCACCCUGUGAAAGAAAGCACCCUAGGAUUGAUGCCAGUAACACUGAGGAGCCCACCACUCCUUUCCCUACAGUCUCCCCACCCCUUCAGGAUCAGUCAAGGAAAAGUUCUGCAGUCACUGGGUAAGGACAGAAAGGAAAGAACAACCAUAAAAGGAUAUUUCAAAUGUGAAAGUUUGUAAAUAGUCUAGUCCAUGAUGUUGUUGGGGCAGAGUCUGAUUUCUACAUUGAAAUGACUUUUUUUUUAUAUAUAUAUAUAUAAUUUCCUUAUUGUGCAAGCUCUGUGCUUUAAGAGUGUGGAAAGUGGCUUGGGGAGGGUGGCCCCCCACCUAGGAAGACUGUUGUGUUCUAUGUUCAGUUUCAAUAAAAUGAUUUGUAGACCCUGCAUACAAAGUG